AUGGCUUGCUCCAGCUGCCGGCUCGCCGGGGCCUCGCUGCUGCUCCUCGUCGUCAUCCUCCUAGCCGCCGUCGGAGCUUGUGCUUCUGCCGAGGCGGAGAUGAGUGCGAAGACCAUCGCGGCGGCUGCUGCCGGGAGGAAGGACGAUGUCGUCACCAGCAGCAGCAGCAGCAGCAGUGGAUCAUCCUCGCUGUCGUCGUCACCCUCUCCAGCAGCGGGAGGAGGAGGAGCAGAGAAGAAGGAGAGCAAGGACGAUAACGGGAACAAGGAGAAGGAGAAGGAGAAGCCCAAGGGCGGCGCGACGUCGACGAAGAAGCCAUCGCCGCCGGCAAAGUGCGUGACGAGCAAGGACUGCCACCUGAAGCGGCUGGUGUGCGCCAAGAAGUGCACCAUGGCCGCCCACAAGAAGUGCGCCGCCAAGUGUUCCCAUUCCUGCAACGCCCUCCCCAUCUGCACCUGA